AUGGUGAUGAUGUUCCCUGAGGUCAAGGAUGAUAACGAAAAGUUGCACAAACUUGUCAUUGACAGGUUGCUCAUAUUCAAGGAAUCAUUUGAACUCAUUGCUCAUGUAACACCCAAGUCCUUGCACAAUGGUCUUUUCGUGGAGUUCCAAGACGAGGUAGCUACGGGCCAUGGUGUCCUGCAGGAGUGGCUUCUCUUGGUAUGCCAAGCACUCUUUAGUCCAGAAAAUUCCCUUCUUGUAAAAUGCCCAGAGGAUUGCCGCAGAUUCUUUCCCAACCCUGCACAACUCAAGCCCGAACAACUUGAUCUGUUUGGCUUUUGUGGCCGAGUUAUCGCUUUAGCCGUGAUGCAUAGAGUGCAGGUAGGCAUUUCAUUCGACCAUGUUUUUUCCUUGCAAUUAGCAGGGAAGGAAAUAUCUUCGGAAGACAUACAAUGCGCAGAUCCAAUCAUGUACAGGAGUUGCAAAAAGACUCUGGAGAUGGAUGCUGAUUUUGUUGAUUCAGAUGCAAUGGGGUUAACAUUUGUCAGAGAAAUCGAAGAGUUCGGAUCCAAGAAAACCGUGGAGCUGUGCCCCGGAGGAAACAACAUUGUUGUCAAUAGUAAGAACAAAGAACAAUAUGUAAAUCUUCAUAUUCAACAUUGCUUUGUCAAAUCCAUCACCGCAAAGGUUGCCUAUUUUUCAAGAGGCUUUGCUGAUAUGCUUUGCAAGCCAAGGCUGGCGAAACGCUUUUUCCAAGCAACAUGUCUGAUAGGUCUAGAUUGUGCUUUACUUGGAGGUGAUAACGCUAUUCGUGUGAAAGAUUGGAAAGCACACAUGUACGAGGGAUACAGCGAAACUGACGAACAGAUUUGCUGGUUUUGGAAAGUUGUAAAGGGUAUGUCCAUGGAGCAGCAGAGGCAACUUCUUUACUUUUGGACCUCAGUGAAAUACCUGCCAGUAAAUGGUUUUUCUGCUUUGCCUUAUCUUUUGACAUUCUCCAAGACAUCCGGUUCUGAUGAGUGCCUUCCAUCAUCCCACACAUGCUUCUUCCAGUUGGCACUUCCACAUUACUCAUCUCUAGCCAUCACACAAGGGCAUCUCUCUUUUGUCUGCCGAAGGCAUGUAGCCUGUAGUUUUAGAUUUCUGUGA